AUGGAGGAGGAUCUCACGAAGCCAUCAGCUUCAGCAUCAACAUCAACUCCAGAACCAACCUCACUCCCCGGGCCUUCUCUGCCAGAACGCGAAGCCGAGCCAGUUCCUAGCGCUGCAAUUGAGUCCAACCCCCGCCUCAGAGAAAUCGAACCUCUCUUCUCGCCCGCGCCGUUCCGAGGCUCCCUAUUCCCCUCGCCAACCCCGGGACCUUCACAAUGCUCUGAUAGCUCACCACGCCCUCGCAUACCUUCAUCCCCGCUGGGAACACCCGGUCCCUUCUUUAUGGUGGGCGCGCCGCGUUACGAUUCUCCUGGAUCAUCUCUCUCGCUCGAAUCGGAACCGCGUUUGGAGCCCAGCGGCAGCCCUCAGAAGCUCGACAGGUACCGCAAUGUCCUGCAUCCUACAAGAGUGCCAACCAAGCUAGCUCCCUCUGGAUCUCCUAUCUUCGCUCGACCCACCUUAGCUACCGCGUCAGAUACACUCCCUCCCGUCUUUGAGUCACAGCCGGUAUACUCGAAAGCCAUGUCAACACCUUCAGACAUGCAGGACGCCACGAAGCCCGCCGACACCCCACCUCAGUACAAAAACGCGACUUUUAACGCGAUGGAGCAUUAUACAUCCGACUCAGCCCCUGUGGAUGCAGCUUCUAGCUCGCAGGCUCCUUCCCUGGGCCAUCAAGCACCUGGUCCUGGCGAUGUUCGUCCCGAUGCGCGUUAUAUCAUGUCCACAGACCCGGAGUCAAUAAAGUACUGGGAGGCUGCCUUGGACCGUUGCAAUUCCGAGACACGCAUAAACACUCCCCGCAUUGGAGGAAGAGAUACAUUUGUGCUGGGCAGCGUAGUUGUGAAGAGUGAUCACCUUGAUCCCAGCGGAGGAAGUGGCUACCAUAUGAUCGACGCAAAUGAGGACGCAGCAAUAAAGCUAGUCAGAGACACAAUCGCCGAUAUUCAGCUACCACAAACAUACUUCAGUGCCAAAAUCAGAGGCCAUGACGUUCUCGUUCACUCCCGCAUCCCUGGGCAAUCUCUGGACUCUGUCUGGCCCCAGCUCACGGUACCACAGAAGGAGGCUUUCAAGCAACAAGCUCGUGACAUCAUUUUGAAACUUCGCUUGAUAACACCCGAUACCUUGAAAUAUCCACGGUAUUUCGUGACGAGUUCAGAAAGUGAGAGUCAGCGGAAGCUGUCAGCGGAGGAAGUUCACAGUCUCUCGCCCAGUGAUACCUGCGAGGAUCUUGGCGUGGCGCAUAAUGACAUGGUGAUGUCGAAUUUCAUUGUAAACAAUGAUAAGAUAGUCGGUCUCACUGGGUGGGCAAAUGCUGGUUAUUUCAACUGGAGAACGGUCAGCAGAAUUCAUGCCAAGGUCAGAUGCGUAGACUCCAAUAUGAACGCGUCUAUUCCGGAGGCUUUCGACUCGGAAGUCCCAUGGCAUGAUCUUUAUGACCUCCCACACACGUCUGAGAAGUCAGAGGCUCAAGAAAGCGCCACUCCUAGAAUAUCUACGCCCACAGUGGACUCGGCCCAUACUCUACCAAGUGAGGAUGUCCCGACACACACACUCACACCUAAGAAGGUAGCGGAUAUGAAACUCAAAUCAGCAUCCAGAGCUUCUUCGGUUGACCGUUCAUCACCUGCUCCAUCACUCAAUUCUCAGUCAGCUACAAAGAAAAAGGGUCCACCCGCUGCCGCUAUUAAGAAAGGAACAGCCAAACGAGCUCCAGCGGCCAAGAAACGGAAACUGAAUGAACUCGCUGAGAUGGAUGACGUAGCGUCUACAAAAGCUUCUCCACUGAGCAAAUCCUCGGCGCAGAGAAAUAGGAAACAGGACUCUCAGUCGGCUACUGGUUCACCCGCACCGGAAAACAAGGGGCCUAAGAAAGUACGUUCACGACACGGCAAGAUGAAUUCCGAUGACGACGAUGAUGACUACGAUGAGUCAGCGUUGUUUUGCGUCUGUCGUAAACCAGAUAAUCAUACUUGGAUGAUUGCAUGUGACGGUGGUUGUGAAGAUUGGUUUCAUGGCAGAUGUAUGAAUAUUGAUCAGAAGGAUGCCGACUUGAUUGAUAAGUAUAUCUGCCCGACUUGCGAAACAAAGAGCCCCCUACGCACCACCUGGAAGCCCAUGUGUCGCCUUCGGGAAUGCCGCCAGCCCGCUCGAGUUGAUACAAGACCACCAAGCAAAUACUGCUGUGAUCAGCACGGGAUAGAUUUCAUGAGGCAGGCGAUGACAUUAGGAUCAAGACAGCCAAGCUCUAAUGCUGAAGAACAGAGCUCCAGCAAGCACGAAAAUGCCGCCAGUCGAGGCGGAGUACUUAAUCUAGGGGAACUCAAAACUGUUGUUUCAAAAGUCGAAUCUGCUGGUGAAUUUCGAAAAUUGGGCGCUAGCCCUCUAUCAGUCCAGCAGGAGGAAGUACAGGCGCGUCUUUCUGGCGCAAUGGCUGCGCCCGGCCCGAGCCAGGAUGGACAGCAAUUCAAGGAUCCAGACUUCGAAUCUGAAGCUGACAAAGUUGCAUUCUCCCCUGACGAACGCCAGCGACUCAAUCACCUCCGGAAAGAAAAAGUCAGGCUCGAUAAUCGCAAGGAGAUGCUUCAGGCCCGCGAGAAAUUCAUAGUCAUCUCAAAACAACGAGUCAAGCAUGCCUUUGAACGCCUUAAACGUCACGGAUCCGUAGGUGGUUUACAGCUCAAGGAUAUCUGUGGCUUCGACAACCGUCUCUCUCUCUCAGAUGAAGAAUUUGAUGAGUGGCGGAAAACAGGAAACGGGGCUAUACUGCUGUCUGAUGUCCCCGACGACGAUAAUGGUGGAGAAGCUAGCACUCACUUGAAGAAUGCGGUAGAUGCCGAGUCUAUCGAUGAGCUUACUCAGAGCCUGUGUCUGAAGAAACGUUGUGAACGACAUAAACAGUGGCUGAAGGUCAUGCAGCAGGAUCUCCUAUUUGAACAGUCACUGUUGAAGGAACAAUCCGAUAAAUGUCAUCAGGAUGCCGAAGAAUUGGUCCGAAAGGCCGUUCUUUGGGUGUUUGGUGGUAAUAACUAA